CCGAGCUGACAAGAUGCUCCCGCCGCCUCUUCCGGCCGCCGCGCGAGUCGCCGUCCAGCGUCUGUGCUCGAGGCUUCUCGGGGGACAGGGUCGCGCCGCCGCCGACAUGACGAAGGGCCUUGUUUUAGGAAUCUACAGCAAAGAAAAAGAAGAUGCUGCGCCACAGUUUACAAGCGCAGGAGAGAAUUUUGAUAAAUUGGUGUCUGGGAAGCUGAGGCAGGUUUUGAACAUAUCUGGACCACCUCUGAAGGCUGGCAAAACCCGGACCUUUUAUGGGCUGCAUGAGGACUUCCCCAGUGUGGUGGUGGUCGGCCUCGGCAAAAAGGAAGCUGGAGUGGACGACCAGGAAAAUUGGCACGAAGGCAAAGAGAACAUCCGGGUGGCGGUAGCAGCGGGGUGCAGGCAGGUGCAGGACCUGGAGCUCUCGACCGUGGAGGUGGACCCAUGUGGCGAUGCUCAGGCGGCUGCAGAGGGAGCGGUGCUUGGCCUCUAUGAAUAUGACGAUCUCAAGCAGAAAAAGAAGAUGGCCGUGUCAGCCAAGCUCCAUGGAAGUGGGGACCAGGAGGCCUGGCAGAAGGGCGUCCUCUUUGCUUCUGGGCAGAACUUGGCCCGCCAGCUGAUGGAGACUCCGGCCAACGAGAUGACGCCAACCAAGUUUGCUGCAAUUAUCGAGAAGAAUCUCAAAAGCGCUAGUAGCAAGACAGAGGUGCACGUCAGGCCCAAGUCUUGGAUCGAGGAACAGGAGAUGGGGUCGUUCCUAAGUGUGGCCAAGGGAUCCGAAGAGCCUCCAGUCUUCCUGGAAAUUCACUACCGAGGCAGCGCCAACGCCAGUGAGCCGCCCCUGGUGUUUGUUGGGAAGGGGAUCACCUUUGACAGCGGCGGCAUCUCCAUCAAGGCUGCUGCGAACAUGGACCUCAUGAGGGCCGACAUGGGAGGAGCUGCCACCAUAUGCUCGGCCAUUGUGUCCGCCGCCAAGCUCAACCUGCCCAUUAACGUCAUAGGUUUGGCCCCUCUUUGUGAAAAUAUGCCCAGCGGUAAGGCCAACAAGCCUGGGGACGUCGUGAGAGCCAGGAAUGGGAAGACCAUACAGGUGGACAACACCGACGCCGAGGGGCGGCUCAUCCUGGCCGACGCGCUGUGUUACGCGCACACCUUCAACCCGAAGCUCAUCAUCAACGCCGCCACCCUGACAGGUGCCAUGGACAUAGCUUUGGGGUCUGCUGCCACCGGGGUCUUCACCAAUUCACCCUGGCUGUGGGAAAAACUCUUUGAGGCCAGCGUUGAAACAGGGGACCGCGUCUGGAGGAUGCCUCUCUUUGAACAUUAUACCAGGCAGGUUAUAGACUGCCAGCUUGCUGAUGUUAAUAACAUAGGGAAGUAUAGAUCUGCAGGAGCAUGUACAGCCGCAGCGUUCCUGAAGGAAUUUGUGACUCACCCUAAGUGGGCGCAUUUAGACAUCGCUGGGGUGAUGACCAACAAGGACGAGGUCCCGUAUCUGCGGAAAGGCAUGACGGGCAGGCCUACCAGGACGCUGGUGGAGUUCCUGAUGCGCCUCAGCCAGAACAGUGCUUAGCUCGGUUGCUGGAAAAUUCCUUCCUUCUGUCUUAAAUCGGACAGUUGAACCUCAAAAUAGUUUUAAAUGGAUGAAAUCUUUUAAAAGAAACAAAGAAGGGUGAUAUUUUAAAAUGUAGAACAAAAUGACAUUUUUAUUCCUUGAUUUUUUUUUUUUUCAUUUUAUGCAGAGAUUUAUAAAGGUAAAGCUAAUAUCCUGCUUGGCAAAGCUUUUUAAGAUAGUCUAUGGGAUGACUGAUUUUUUAAAAAACCACCUAGUCACUUUUCAGAGUAUGUUUUUAAUUGAAGAACAAAAUUUUAUUUCAUGUUUGUGAUGCUAAGAACAUGAGAAAAACAAAGUUACUAUGUAAUUUCAGAAACAAUAAAUCCAACUUUUCUUGCUCUUUGGUAUUUACUUACAUAUCACUGUAAAUCCAGUGACUAGUAUAACAUGUCUCUUUUGACUGUGUUGUGUGAACUAAGUAAUUAAAUCAGGGUUCGGUGACACCGGUGUUUUCUCAGUGUUAAUAAUC